AUGUACAGUAACAUCGAGCUGAAGAAACCAAUUUUCGGUAGGGAAUGUGGCACAGUGUCUUCGCAUGAAAAUGUUUCACAGUAUCAUAGGCAUUUGUCAAGAGAAAUUUCUACUGAUAGUAUUGAAAAAUAUAACUUAAAUGAAAAUUCAAGUGAUUUACAAACUCUUAGUGAAAAUUGUUCAAGUUAUCCUGUUUCAAAUUAUAACAGUUCACGUCCAGGAGCGUUCUUUCCUUGGCCACCAAAUAUCACAGGUAGAAGAGUAGAAAAGCAUGAUAAUCGAAGUAUAUCUCCCAAUGCUCUACUUGGAAUUGAGAUAGAACGUCGUCCGUCAACAAAUAUUCCAGGACCAAUUAAAAUGGCAUUCGGUAGAGCUGCACCUGGUUAUUACGCACAAAAAUAUCCAAGCAAAGAAACAUGGUUCAACUCCAAUGCAUUGCAUCGUCAUAUACCUAUAAUAAGAUUUAAUCCAUUUUCACGUGAUCUAGAUAACUAUAAAAACGAUGAUGAUGAAUACAAAGAAUAUUUAUAUAGAGUAAAUGAAUUGACAGAAUAUCAAGAUAAAUAUUUAGCACAUACUCCAUCGUUAAGAAAACAAAUCAAAUAA